UAGUAACUACAGGAUAAAUAAUUAUUAUCCUUCUUAAAUACAUUUCGUGCGCAUAUUUCUUUAUAAUAUUAUGUUUUGCCAGUGUAUUUAAGCUUAAAUAAUAUGAUUUGUGUGUGAUUUUAAAGUUAUUAGAAAUGAAAUGUAAUAGAGAGCAUAAUAUAAUAUUACUAUGCUAUUUUAUUUUUUUAAUAUCUCGGAAUGUGUUGGCAUUAAAUUCAUGUGAAUCAAGUAGUAAUUCGUGUGAAGAAUGCAUUGUAGACUCAAGCAAAUGUGUUUGGUGUGCUAUGGUUAAUUUCAACGAUACGAGAUGUAGAUCCGAAAAAGACAAUCUAGACAAUUGGUGCGUCGGUAACAUUAUCAAUCCAAAAAGUGGAAAUAGAUCUGACGGAAAAGAUCUAGACUUCAAUUCUAACACUGGCGAAGUCGUACAAAUAAAACCGCAGAAUAUUAAAAUUGACUUGAGACCCGGAGACACUUUUGAUUUCGCGUUUUCUAUUAAGCCAGUAGAGAAUUAUCCUGUCGAUUUGUACUUUCUUGUGGAUGCUUCUGUAGAAAUGAAAAAAGUGAAGCAGAUAGUCGUCGAUGAGACCGAAGCAAUAUAUAGAGCAAUGAAAAAUAUGACUGAAGAUGUUUUCCUCGGAACUGGAUCAUUUAUAGACAAAAAUAUAUUUCCUUUUACUCGAUCAGUAAACAGUACAAUAGCGUAUUCAUUUCGCAACAGGUUAAAAUUAACGGACAAGUUUGAGUAUUUCCAGAAGACGGUAAACGAAACAGAAUUCGGAUAUAACCACGACGAUCAAGAAGGCACUCUAGAUGCCCUUGCACAGGUGAUCACUUGUGAAAAUGAAAUUGGUUGGCGCAAAGAGUCUACAAAAAUUAUAAUUGUCUUAACUGACGGUCCUUACCAUUGUGCUGGAGAUGGUAAAUGGGCUGGCAUUUAUCGCCCAUACGAUGGGAACUGCUACACGGAGGAUGGUAUUUACAAAAAUGAACUAGUAAUGGAUUACCCAUCUGUUAGUAUUAUCAACAAAUUGGCAGCGGACAGGGAAAUAAUAAUUAUUUUUGUAGUGAAAGAAGAUCAGGAAAGUGUUUAUAAUGCACUUAGUACAACUAUAAGAGGCUCAGUUGUUACUUUGUUUGAAUCUGAUACGAGUGAAUUUUCUAUGAAUAAAAUUUUGACGACACAAUAUGAGAACAUAAGACACCAGUUAAAAUUGAAAGUUAACUAUAUGGACCCUAUCUUACGUCAGCAUUUUCGAAUAUCAUUCGAUCCUAAUUGCUAUGAAUCGAUAUGUCAGAUAAAACCUGGCGAAGAAAAGGAGUUCAGAGGCAAAAUAACACUCAUACAAAACAUAGAACCUAAUAACGUUGACAUAGAUAUACUUACUGAAGGAAUAAGGGAAAAACUGAAUUUAAAUGUUAACAUUAUAAAAAAAUGUAACUGCACUGUUGAAACAGAUUCAGUAGAAUGUGAUUCUGCGGGAACUCUGAGAUGUGGCAUCUGUGAAUGUAAACCAGAAAGAUAUGGCCAUAAGUGUAAGUGCGAAAGAAAGUCGAAAUCUAUAAAACCAAACGACAAUUCGACUUGUAUUUCCCCUACUUCCCCCGACAAAAUAUGUAGCGGCUUCGGAGCCUGUGAUUGUGGGAAGUGCUCUUGCAUUAAUAACGAUUACACAGGCACCUUCUGCGAAUGCCACAAGAACAUGUGCCCCCUUUACAACGAUUUGGUGUGUUCAGACAACGGCGAUUGUAAAUGCGGCACCUGCUAUUGUCAUGCAGGCUUCACUGGCGCUGCUUGCGACUGCAUCUUGGGGAAAGACACUUGCAUGGAUGGCAAUACAGAAUGCAACAAUCGUGGCAAAUGCGUGUGUGGUAGCUGCCAGUGCCAGGAACCGUCUGAUUGGGACGCACGUCACAAAGGAGAUCUGUGCAGAUUGGAUUGCACAGAAAAGUCGUGCCACAGCCAUCAAUGCCAACUUCUCGAGCCGAUCGUAUUGUGCUAUUUGAACAAAGAAGAAUGCCAACAUCAAAACGAGAUCAAUGUAACCGGUGUUAAAAAUUUGAAGGCCAAUGAUUCGACAAAUGAUGUGGCCAAUUAUUCGGAAAAUGGUUGGCAGCAUUGCCCAAAUGUAAAAACUGGAUUUGGCUGCUACACCGAGUUUCUAUACCGGUACAGUGAAGAUAUUUAUGGCACUGAAGUUAAAGUUCAAACAGACAUUUCUUGCGCCGAAACUUAUUACAUGUAUGGAGGAAUAUGCUUAUCAAUCCUGAUACUAUCUGGCAUAAUAGCCCUGAUCACAUGGAAGUGUAUUACCUCGAUGCGCGACAGACAGGAGUACGAGCGCUUCGCACAAGAGGCGGGAAUUCUGGACUCUCCCUGCGACAACCCUAUUUACGCACCCGCGACGUCAACCUUUUACAAUCCAGGGUUCAGGAAAAGGUCGGACAGAAGAAAAUCCAGAAGCUAGUCGAAAAAUAUUUGGCCCUUAAUAAAAUUGUUCUAAAGUUAUAAAUUCAA